UUUUAACAAAUCUACUUUGGCAAAUACCAUCUUACAGCCCAAUAACAAUGACCAAACCACGACAACGAACAGUCUCCCAGCGACAGCCCAAGGAGGACGAGGAUGCGUCCCUUCUUACCACCGCUGAUAUUUUAGACGAGCAAGAGCAGGAACAAGAGAUCCGGGAACUUCGGGAGAAGAAUCAACGGAAUAACGCCCAAUCUCAAAACGCCCUUGAUGUAGGCAUCUUGACAUGUCUCUUCAUCUCUGGUAUCCAAAUAACAUCCCACUUCCGUUCCCCCUCACCUAUCAUCCCCCUCCUCGCCCUUAUCCAACUCAUCCUCCUCCCUCUCUCUCUUACCCCACACUUUUUGCCGGGGCCUCUCCGCCCCUACGUCUCCUCCCCAUCCAAUCACCUCCUCAUUCUCUCCGUCCAUCUCACAGUCUCGAUUUUUGCCAUUUUGCUGCGUAACCAGCAAGCGGGUGCGACUCUGGAAACACCAGCGUUGGAAGUGGGAGAGGUGGCGAGGUGGGCGCUGCCGAGUUUGGUGGUAGGCGGUGUGGAGAUGCAGAGGAGAGGUGAGAGGACGGCGGAGGAGAGGUUGAGGCUGUUGGAAGGGGCGAAGUAUGAGGUCAAAGGGGCUUGAGGUGGUUUGGUUUCGGGGGGGGGUGGAGAUUGAAGAGGAGACUAGUUGGUGCAACAUACAACGAUGGAUUGAUUUUAGUAAACUCACGCUGUUUCAAAUAAACGUCGUCUUUCCAAUCAGUGUUGCUUACCUCAGGCCUCUAGAUAGGAACACGAUGGUAGCAGUAUAGCUAUGUAUCCAAAUCCUCAUUCACAAAGGUUUUACCGAACCCUUCC